AGCUCAAGGUAAGCAAAAUCCAACGCCAUUUUCAUUUAUUUUUUUGGUCAGAGGUGACUUUCUUCAUAAAUUUAACGUAUGAAGAACGAAAUGAAUCGCUUUGAAGAUCGAAACCCAGAUUUUCUUUUCCGUGUUUGACUUCGUAUAAAGCUUAGUUCUCAUUAAACGUAUCUGGGAAUUUUUUUUUCUUAUGUUUUCUGGAUUUUUUUGGAUGAUGGAGCAGGCGUUUAAGCUGAGACGAUUUCGUGGAAGCAAGAAAAGAGAGAACAGGGUUAAAAAGAAGCCUUCAUGGAUGAUUCCGGUCUCUCAUGGCUACCAUGUUGUUGAAAAUAAGUCACUGAGAGGCAGCUCCGAUGAACGGGAACUUGAUUCCGUCGUGGUUCAGAGAGAGCAAAUCGAUGAGCUCGAGUUAUGGUUCUUCGGAGUUUUUGAUGCGAGGAUUGGCGAUGGAGUUACCAAGUUUAUGCAGUCUCAUUUCUUUGAUAAGAAGCCUAAACAAUCUCGAAUCAACAGGAAGACGAAGGAGACGAUGAAGAAAGUGUAUCUUGGAGCGAGAGCAAAGGCGAGAGAGGCGCAGAAGGACGACGAGACAAUUCGAGCAGGGUCGGCGUCUGUGAUGGUCAUCAAUGGAGAAAAGCUUGUGAUGGCCAACCUUGGCGGCUAUAGAGCCGUUGUAUGUAGAGACGGUGUGGCUCAUCAGCUGAGCAGCAAGCAUCAUGGUGGAGCCAGCAGACAUUGGACUCGUAGGCUGUUUCCAGUUCGUAUAUUAGUAUGCGAUUCGAGCGAUGCAGAGGCUAUAAGGCCCCCCAAGAGCUCAGAACUCGCCGUUGGGGCCGAAAAGAUCGAUGCCGACACCGAGUUCAUCAUCAUAGCUAGCACCGGAAUCUGGGAGGUGAUGAAAAACCAAGAAGCUGUGAAUCUCAUCAGGCAUUUGGAAGAUCCACAGGAAGCAGCAGAGUGCCUGACGAAGGAGGCUUUAACGAGGAUGAGCAAGAGCGAUAUCUCAUGUGUCAUCAUUCGAUUCGAUUAGUAGUUUUGUGUUUUCAUCUGUAUCAGUGAAUCUGAAUCUGCAAAUCAAACCCUUU